AUGGUAGAAAGCGACUCGAAAGAACCCGUCCAGGAUGUGGUCAAGGCACCAAGCGAGACGAGCGAGGAGGACCGGAGACGCGAGUUUCUUGCGUCGUUCACGCCCGAAGACGAUAAGCGGAUUAUGCGCAAAGUGAAUCUGCGGUUCUUGUGGUUGAUUGGGCUGAUUUAUGUCAUUAAGACGAUCGACUACACAAACGCUGCAGCAGUCAAAGUGCUCCAAGUCGGCGAAGCGCGCAACGUCCUCACCGAGCUGAAAAUGUCGACCGACGAAUACAACUGGGUCCAGAGUAUCUACUUCAUCAGCUACAUCGUCUUCGAAGUCCCCAGCAACUUGCUGCAGAAGCGGCUCACCCCGCGAUUGUGGCAGUCGCGGAUUAUGCUAACCUGGGGCAUUGUGCUUGCGUGCCAUGCGGCGGUGCAGAAUAAACAGGGGCUGUAUGCGCUGCGUUUUAUACUGGGGAUGUGUGAGGCCGGGAUGUUCCCGGGCAUUGCGGCGCAGUUGUGCGGGUGGUAUAGGAGCGAUGAGAUGGGGUUGCCGAUUAUGUGGAUGUUUGGGUUCCAGAAUACGUCUGGGAUUGUAGGGUCGUUGAUCACUUAUGGGAUUUCGUAUAUGAAUGGGCUCAGGGGGUUGAGUGCGUGGAGAUGGGUAUAUCUCCUCGAAGGGCUGUUCACGGUUCUCUUCUCAGGCGUCGUCUUCUUCGUUCUCCCCGACUGGCCCAAGUCUCCGCGGUCAAGGAAAUGGCUGUCUGAGCGAGAGCAGGAGUACCUGGAGGCACGGCUCUCGGAGAACGCGCCGAGGGAGAAGGACGCCAACUUCGACAUGGGCGAGGUGGUUGACGCGCUCAAGGACCAAAAGACAUACUCGUUCAUGAUCUCCCAAAUUCUUAUCAAUUUCGCAGGAUACGCCCUGAGCUGGCAGCUGCCGACCAUCACAACGAGUCUGGGCUUCGCCGGUCUACCGCGGAAUCAGUUACUGAAUAUUCCGCCCGCAGCAGCGUCAGUUCUCUCGAUUAUCUUUUCAGGAUGGUUCCUCAAGCGCGCGUAUAUGACGCGGCCGGCAUAUAUCAUGGCCGGCAUUAUGGGCCCGAUGUUGCUUUUCUUUAUCCUGCUUGCCGUUCUCGACAAUAAAGUCGGCAUUUAUGUUGCCUGCGUGCUGGGGACCAUGUUCUAUUCCGUCUACUUCAUCCCGUUCUGGGCUUGGCGAAGCUCCUCGCUAAAAGGCACAACCGGGUCUGCAUUCACGCUGGCCUUCCAGUCCUGCGUUGGCCAGGUCGGCGGCGUCAUCGGGCCGCAACUCUUCCAGUCGCGGUUCGCGUAUAACGGCUACAAGACGCCGUUUGCGAUCUGCGCGGCCGUGGUUGGGGUUUCGUGGGUGACGAAUGGCUGGACGUGGCUGUUGACUCGGAAUGUCGAGUAUGACGUACUGCGAGUGCGCAGGCUGCGUAUCAAGGAGGAGAAACAGGGCAGGGUGUAUGCAGGGGAGGAUGUCAGGGUUUACGAGGAACGGGAGUUUUAUGAGGGGGUGGGGCGCAGGAGGGAGGUAUAG